UACUCAGUAAAUAGACCAUGAAAUAUACUUGUCAAAUUAUUGCAUGAAUAACAAAGUAAAAAUUAGUGCUUAUAGUUUCUACUGUUUAGGAAAGUUUCUGUAUGUGUAGUUGUAGCUUACUGUUGAUGGUAUGAAAUGUGAGCUUGGUCAUAUGUGAAAUCAUAUGGUGAUUUAUACAACUAAUAAUUAUUAUUAUUAAAUGCAUAAAGGCUUUGAGUGCUCAAGUAGAGCAGAAACGUGCUAUGUAAGAAAGAGUCUGUUUAUCAUUUACCAACUCUGAUUAAAUGAACUAUAAAACAAAACAAAUUUACUUUGUUUAAUCAGAAAACAGCAUUAAAUAUCAUUCAAAACUACUCCUGGUUGUAUUCACAAUUUUCUCACUGCCACUUCUCAAUUUUGGGUGUUCUUCUAGUACCCACACAAUUAACUGAAUAAUUCCUGAUUAUCAUAGAUGUCCGGUGCAAAGGUGCUGCAGUUCCUGCAGAAUAUUUCACGUAGAAAACCUCUGGAGCCUGAGGGUGAAGUGUCCAACUUUCGCCGGUGUCUGACUACCCUUGAUUUGGUGGCUCUUGGGGUCGGCAGCACACUGGGUGCCGGUGUGUAUGUGCUUUCGGGAGAAGUGGCCAGAGCUGUGGCCGGGCCAAGUAUCAUAAUCUCCUUCCUGAUAGCAGCAGUGGCCUCCAUCUUUGCAGGACUGUGUUAUGCUGAAUUUGGAGCUCGUGUUCCCAAAACUGGCUCUGCUUAUCUCUAUAGCUACGUGACUGUGGGUGAGAUAUGGGCUUUUGUCUCAGGCUGGAACCUCCUGCUGUCUUAUGUCAUAGGUACAUCAAGUGUAGCCAGAGCAUGGAGUGGGACCUUUGAUGAUCUCAUUGGAAAUGUCAUUGCCAACUCUUUGGGCAAACAGGUUGCAAUGGAUUUACCUGGAUUGGCUCCCUAUCCAGACUUCUUUGCAGCAAGUAUCAUAAUGCUCUUGGCAGGGAUUCUUGCAUUUGGUGUUAAAGAGUCGGCCACUGUAAAUAAGGUUUUUACAGCAGUUAACAUCCUAGUGUUGCUCUUUGUUAUCCUCUCUGGGUUCACAAAGGGGGACAUCAACAACUGGUACAGAUAUGAAGACACCCUUCCAAACAAGAACUAUACGACCCUGAAUAAAACCACCACAUAUGGCAGUGGAGGAUUUUUCCCUUUUGGUUUUGAGGGGACAUUAGCAGGAGCAGCCACUUGCUUUUAUGCAUUUGUUGGAUUUGACUGCAUUGCCACAACAGGAGAGGAGGUUCAGAACCCUCAGAAGUCAAUCCCACUCGGGAUUGUGGCAUCUCUCCUUAUCUGCUUCUUGGCUUAUUUUGGUGUGUCUGCUACCCUGACUCUUUUGAUGCCAUACUAUUUGCUCAGCGUUCACAGCCCACUGCCUGUGGCCUUUACAUACAUCGGUUGGGGCCCUGCAAAGUAUGCAGUUGCUGUGGGAUCACUCUGUGCGCUCUCAACAAGCCUUCUAGGAUCAAUGUUCCCGAUGCCUCGUGUUCUCUAUGCCAUGGCCCGGGAUGGACUGCUCUUCAGACCUCUCAGUAACAUGAGUGACAGACAAAGUCCUGUCAUUGCUACACUGGCUUCAGGGAUUGUAGCAGCUAUCAUGGCUUUAUUGUUUGACCUGAAGUCGUUGGUUGACAUGAUGUCAAUUGGAACCCUGUUUGCCUACACACUUGUUGCCAUUUGCAUUCUCAUAUUAAGGUACCAAACUGACCUCAGUAAUGGUUCUAGUUUAAACAAAGCAGAACCUUUUACCAUUGGAGGGAUAUUAUGUCCUCCAUACCGAGCCACUACAAGGACAUCAAAAAAUGUGUCCCUUUUAACUGUUGUUAUUAUCUUUUUAGCAGUUGUUCUCAGCGUCUUCGUAUCUGAGGCUGUAGAUUACCUGCAAGCCCUGCAGUGGUGGAGCCUACUUUGUCUUUCUGUGAUAGUAGCAAUGAUUUUUCUCAUCAUCCUCAUCGUCUGGAAGCAGCCGCAGAAUACAGCAGAAGCUGCUUUCAUGGUUCCUUUUGUCCCAUUACUUCCUAUUUUUAGUACCUUUGUCAAUGUCCAUCUUAUGGUUCAGCUUGGAUCAGACACUUGGAUCCGCUAUACAGUGUGGAUGGGAGUAGGUUUGAUCAUCUACUUUUGUUAUGGUGUUCGCCACAGUGUGCAGAAACAAAGGCUUGAAAAUUCACACGAUCGAGUCAGUAUUCACAGCAUCACUGCUGCUAUGGAACAAAGCACGAAACCUGGACAAGAUGUAACUGGAUAAAUACAGUGUGUAUUCAAUGACGUAAAUUUUAAAAAGAAUACCUGAUUUGCUUAAAUCUCACAAUGGUGAUUGUCUCAGGAAUUCACAAACUUUUAUUUGGCAGAAUCCAGCAAUGCAAGGCUUUAUGCAAUACUCUGCUUUUAUACUACUGUUUUGUAUAAGACAUAAUUAAAGAAAAGAAUGAGGAAGGAUUCAGCAAGUAUUUCAAGUAUAAUCACAUAGUUAUUAGUACUAUAUAACAAAAAAACCCCAAAACAUUUAGCUUAUAUAUUAAAUGGAAGAUAAUUUAAAGAAAUGUGGAUUUUGUGAACAACAGAGUAGAAGAUGACAAUGUUUUUAGUAGAAGUGACCAGAAUGGACAGAAGGACAGCUCAGGUUGAGCCAUUUGGACACAAAGUCAGAAAGCCAAAAUGGCCUGGACAUGUGCAGAAGAGGGAUGGUGUAUACACUGGACAAACGAUGUUGAAGAUGGAACUUCCAGGGAGGAAGAAAAAAGGAAGACCAAAGAGAGGGUUCAUGGAAGGUUCAUGUAGUGAAAUAGGAGGACAGAAAAGUAUGCUAGGGACAGGGUGAGAUGGAGACAGAUGAUCCCCUAUGCUGAGCCCUAAAGGGGGGAUUUUGUGAUUAACCUGUCACAGCUGUUCAAAAGGAAUUGUACUCAUGAUGCCCAUUUCUUUUAUGUGACAGAGUCAUAUUCAUGUUUAAAUGCAAUUUUUCUGUAUAUAAUACAUUGCAAUGGCAUGGGUUUAGUUUGUUUGCCUUGUACUUAACUGCCAAUAUAGCCAAUACUGUG